GCUUCUUGGCUCUGCUCGAUUCUGUAUACCAUCUCCUCGCUCUUUCCUCCUCGUACACCGUCUUGUCCCGCUUAACGUAUAGCUCUAUCAUCCUUUAACUCGUUUUCAAUAUCAUCCACCCGCCGCUCGCACAGCAACAACUGCACGUCCGUUGCCCAGUCCCCCCAUCCUCAUCACACCACAAUCUCGCGUGCUACGAUGGCAGCAGCCCUAUCCCAGCUCUCCGCCUGCGUCACUCGCAUCCUGUCUCUCACCGGCUUCCCGAAGGAGCUCAAAACCAGGGACAUCCAAGCCGCUUUCUCCGAAUGGGAGAAUGUUAACGGUGGCUUCAAGAUCAAGUGGAUUAACGAUACUAGCCUUCUGAUUGUUUUCAAUGAUGCUACCGUAGCGAAGCGAGCCUACCUGCACGCUCUUGCAUUCCCUCCUUCCAUCUUCACCUCCCCAAACUCGUCGGGCACCGCUACCAUCAAGCCGUACGAUGGCCCCGACGCCCAGGACGUUAUCCUGUCCGUUAAUUCUAGGACGCACAACAACUCCGGGCGCGGCCACAAUGUCCGUAACUCUGUCUCGCACGCGCGGGGCGUCUCCAUCAGCCACUCCUACCGUAACAACAACACUUCCAAUGGCAGCGCCCAAGCGAACGGCAGCUUGCUAGACCAAGCUGGUCGCGACCGCGACCGUGAGCCGUCGCCUACACUUCCUAACAUCCCGUCCCACCCUACGCUCAACGCACUCAUCUCCUCCUCUCUCGGGCCGGACGUCUCCCCCGUCGAUCCGACGACCUCAGACCCUGCCGUUCUUGCCGCGCAACCUGAACACGGCGCCCCGCGUAUCGGCGAUCCGGGCAAGAGGAUGCUCGGCGCGGCACUUGGAGUCAGGCACCCAGGUCUUCCUCCUCGCGUUGUCGGCGGUGCUGGCAACGGAGUUCCGGAGGUGCAGCGAGCGAUGGCAGGGCUGGUGGUCAGCGAGUGAGCGCUGUUUGUUUGAAAUGAUGUUGUAGUAUAGGCGGAGGCUGGAUGAAACAGUCGCGGAAGGUGGUCUGGAAUCGGAAUCGGCGUGCACUCAGUCAGGGGUGGAGGUUAUGUUCCCAGCAUUCUGUUCAUGAUGUUCUCUUAGCCUGUAACUGCGCAGCAUCUCGGUGUUGAUCGCUCUGUCUUUUCUGUGCCACGCUCUUGCAUCUUCCGAAUGCUCGCGUAGCAGUGAUGGUUCGCUUGAGCACAUUCAUGGUCGUCGCCGUGAGUCGCCGUGAUGCGCAUACCUUUGUAGUAUUGUCCUACCAGUUAGUUCACUUCCGUUCCUGCCUCUCAACAAUACAUCGC